AUGAGCGAUCAAUCCGACCCUAUUAUCGUCAUCGGAGCCGGCGUCGUCGGUGCCUCCAUCGCGUGGCACUUGACCAAGGAGAAGAAGAAGGAUGUCAUCAUCAUCGCAGGAGAGGUGGGCGGUAUUGUGACGCCAAAGUCGUUUUCCUGGCUCAAUGCAGCCGGCACCACCACGAAGUUCUACUAUGAUUUCAGACGUCGCUCCAUGGCUCGUUGGGUCGACAUGAGCAAGGAGCUGCCCGACCUCCCGAUCUACUGGGGAGGCACCUUGACCUGCGACAAGACUCCCUCCGAGCGCACCGAGUUUCACGAGCGUCAGCAGAAAUGGGGCACCAAGAUUGAGCGCCUGGGCAAGGGAAGCCUGGCUGCGAUCGAGCGGGAAGUGGACAGUGCCCAGUUCGCAUCGGCUGAAUGGGGCCUGUAUGUUCCCGACGAGGGUACGAUCGAAGCACAUGAUGCCGCAGCUAUGCUCGUUGCCGAUGCCGAAGCACGAGGAGCCAAGGUCCUCCGCACGACUGCCACUGGAUUCCUGAGGUCGAGUGACGGUCGGAGAAUCGCUGGAGUGGUGACGGGCUCUGGGCACGUACGCGGUAGCCACGUCGUUGUAGCUGCUGGUCUUGCCAGCGUCGCAUUGCUGGCAACCGAGAAUAUCAGGCUUCCCGUCAAGGGCACCGAAGGUCUGAUUGUCAACACGACGCCCAACAAGAAGCGAUACCUCCACACACUGCUCCGCUUGCCGGCAAUGCACCUGCGCCAGACACUCGAUGGGCGCAUCCGCUUCGCUGCCAGCUUUUCGGGCGGUCCACCGGGGGAUGACCCGGAAGUCACUGCCAGAGAACUCUUCAAGCAGAUGCAGAAGGUGUUCAAACGGGGACAUGAGCUCGAGUUCGGCGGCUAUACGGUAGGAGUACGUCCUGAUCCGGAGGAUGGAUAUCCCAUCCUCGGCUCCACGGGCUUGGAUGGGAUGGAUGUGGCGUGCAUGCACUCUGGUGUGACGAAUGCUGCGCUUGUUGGUCAGCUUCUGUCCAAGAAGAUUCUAUAUGGCAACGAAGAUCCAAUGCUUCAUCCCUAUCGACUUGAUCGGUUUCAGGAAAGUCGCGCAAAGCUUUAG